UUCUCGAGUUACUUCAGUGGCGACGAGGCUGCCCACCACCGGGCCGUGCCUGCUCCAUGGCGGCUCAUGCCGGACCACCGGGUUUCGACGAAACGGAAGACAGUUGGGACGCCUACCAGGUGCGUCUGCAGUCUUACUUUGAAGCCUACGAUAUCGUCGACUCGAAGAAACGACGAGCCCUGCUAACGGCAGCCUUAAGCACGGCAACAGUCGGCAUAAUAACGGUACGGUGCGCGCCGGCGAAGAUUCAGGACCUUACCUAUGAGAAGCUGCUUGAACUGCUGGCAGAACACUUUGCGCCACAGGGCAACGAAAUAGCGGAGUCUUACAAGUUCUUCACCAGAUGCCAGCGUCCCGACGAGUCAACGAAGGACUUCAUUGUGGAAAUUCGGAAGAAGGCCUGCAGUUGCAACUUUGGCGAAGCGCGGGACAGGAUGCUACGAGACAGACUUGUUUGUGGUCUACGUGAUGCCGGCGUUCGUCGGAAGCUUUUGGCCAGACCUUCGCUGACGCUGAAAGAAGCCGAAGAUAUAGCGUUAGCAGCAGAGAUGGCAGCUCUCAACGUUGAUCACAUGGAGAGCACACAGGAUUAUGGCGACGUCCAUGCCGUGAGGAGCAAGGUGCAAGGUCAACCGUAUUGCCACAAGACUCAUCCGAGCACUUCUCGACCAAGCGAAGACGUCGUUUGCCCGUGCUGUGGUAGCACUAAGCACAAGGCAGCAAAGUGCAAGUUUCGCCGGGCGGAGUGUUUUCGCUGCCGACGUAAAGGGCACCUAGCUAAGAUGUGUGUAUGGAAACAAGGGGUGGCCCUUUUUGAGGAGCAUUCUUCAGAGAGCGACGGCAACGAACUUUGUCUAAUGAGUUUGUACACUACGUCGGUAAACUUCGUCAAGCCUGUGGUUCGCACCCUCUGCUGGAGCGGAAUUCCGCUGACAAUGCAAGUGGACACCGGAUCGCCUGUCUCCAUCAUUACGUGGAAAACAGACUGCGAGUCUGCCGCUGCGUUCUGGCUGCCUUUAGUCGUCGUGUGGCGUCGGCGCAGUGCUAUAUCACAGAGUAAAUGGGCAAGAUCGACCAAUUGGGUUCCGAUCGCGAACGCUUUCAGCUGCUGAGCGUAAUUACGCGCAAAUUGAAAGAGAGGCAUUGGCAGUUGUCUUCGGGGUUACAAAGUUCCGGGAAUAUCUGCUCGGGAAUCAUUUCACGCUUGUGACAGAUCACAAACCUCUUUUGAGCCUUUUCAGCCCCGACAAGCCCGUUCCCGCCAUGGCCGCUGCCCGGAUUCAGCGUUGGUCCCUCUUGCUGAGCGCCUACAACUACAAAAUUCAGUUCAAGCCAGGAAAGACGUUGAUUCCUGCAGACACCCUCAGCCGUUUACCGGUGCGGCAGGAGCAUAACAACACUAAGGCUGCAGAAGAUGACGCUCGGCUCGAUCGGGACAUUGAGAAGCUGGUCAACGCGUGUCCAACAUGCAUAGAAUGGGGCAGCAUGCCUCCUGCCCGACAACCCGUGCCUUGGCCGGACACAGAGGAGCCAUGGUCUAGGGUCCAUGUCGAUUUUGCGGGUCCUGUGGAAGGUAACAUGUUGUUGAUCGUGGUUGAUUCCCAUACGAAAUGGAUCGAGGUUACCGCCAUGAAGACCGCCAGUUCGGCAAAGACAAUUGAAGCACUGCAGACUAUGUUCAGCCGGUUCGGUUUGCCGAGGACCCUGGUAACGGACAACGGGCCGCAGUUUACUAGUGAAGAGUUCAGGGCAUUUAUGAAGCGCAAUGGCAUCGCUCAUUUGCGGACAGCUCCCUACAAACCGCAGUCUAAUGGCCUGGCGGAAAGAGCAGUACGGACUGUCAAACAGGGGUUAAACAAAAACACACGCGGCAGUUUGCAAGCUCGGCUGGACCACAUUCUUUCGCAUUAUCGGCGCACUCCCUUGACAAAUAGGCAAACCCCAGCUUCUAUGCUUCUCGGAUAUCAGCCACGUUCUUUAUUGCACAACGUCGUGUCACGACCAUUCCCUUCUGCAGGUGCGUGCAACAGUGGCCCACCGCUGAGCAAAGACGUCUGGUUCAAGAACUACGGAGUGGGUGACAAAUGGAAACCAGGCUCGUUAGAGUCCACCGAAGGCUCGCGAAUGGCAACGGUAAAGACAGCAGAUGGGGAGCAACAUCGCCGCCACCUCGACCAGCUAAAAACCAGGAGGACCAGCGUGGGAGAAGCGAUGGAACCCGAGGCCCCCAUGCAAGCACCAACGACUAAAGGCAGCCAGAACGCAGCGGCAGACUCGCAGUCUCAAGGACACGACAGCAGUCACAGUCAGGCUCAAGUAGGCACUGACAUUCGAACGCCGUCAGACGGGUGGGCCGAAGCCGAGGUUGCUACCAGCGAGCCGCAAGUGACUGACCGGGCUGAAGUGACACUGCGUAGGUCGAAGCGGAAGCCCCGGCCCCCGGACCGCUUCACUCCUUAAGGGGGGAGAAUUGUUGUGAAUCAGCAUGCGCCGCUGACACGUAUUUGUUGUUAGAUUCACCGGCCAUGCCUCUUGUGAAUCGGCAGUGGCUGCGGCUGACGUCACAAGAUAAGGACUAUAAAAGCAACACUAACCUUUAAUAAAGCGUUCGUUCUUUGGCAA